AUGUACUUGGCACCAGAACAGGAGAAGCCUGAUGUCUUUGUUGAGAGCCAUAACUUCUUCCCGGACUGGUAUCUGGUUUCUUUACUGAAAGCGAAGCACGCUGCAAGGAAGCUGGGUCGUAAAAAAAAUACAGGCAUGCAGAACACCAGCGAUCCCAUCAUUCAGCCUGCAGGGUUUUACAUUGUUGCGCUAAGUUCAAUGCCUUACAGUAAUGUCUAUGUCAUGUUCCUCACUGUGAUUUAUGUGAUCACAAUCAUGUGCAAUGUCUUUCUGAUCGCCAUAAUUUUCUAUGACCAUCGACUGCAUGUCCCAAAGUUCAUGGCCGUUGGUAGUCUGGCUUUGGUUGAUCUUGUUCUCAGCACCUCUCUUGUGCCUGGCAUGAUAAAGACUUACAUUGUUCUAGACAAUUUUGUGCCAUUUAAACUGUGCCUUGCGCAAAUGUUCACUUACUAUAAUUUUGUAUCACUUGAAUCACUUUCCUUAUGUAUUCUCUCUUAUGACAGGUUCAUUGCAAUCUGUUUUCCUUUGAAACAGAAGUCUAUAAACACAAACAUCAGAAUGGCCUAUAUAAUCUGUACAGUUUGGUUCUUUAAUUCUGUUAGAUCACUGUACGGUCCUUCAUCCAUCUCAACCCUGUCAUUUUGUGGCUCUCUUAAGGUCAACAGCUAUUUUUGUGAUUUUGCUCCGGUUUUAAGACUCUCCUGUAGCGAUAUUACAACUCAGUGGAAUUUUGCCACUACUUCAACUAUACUCUUCAGUUCUGUACCUUUGAUUUUUAUUUUCUUGACCUACAUGGGUAUACUGAUUGCUGUAUACAGAAUGAAAAAUAAUCAGAGCCGUUAUAAGGCGCUGGCCACGUGCACUGAGCACCUCAUAUUAGUGGCCAUUUUCUUCAUUCCAAUUUUUAUUAUCUUCAAUCUUGGACUUUUUGGAAUUGUUAUAAACCCAAUUGUAAGAACAGUAUGCUUGUCUUUGUCAACCCUCCUUCCACCCUGCGUGAAUCCCAUCCUCUACUCACUGAAAACUAAAGAGAUUCAAAGCCGGAUUCAUUCUUUGUUCAAGAGAAGGUCCUUCCUCAUUGGUAUCAGCCAAGAGGCUGCCGAUAGCAGCUGAAUCAGGAGGACUGAGCAUCCGACUUCCCUGACCUGUCUGAUGACUUGCCAUCAUCCUGAGGCAGUUGAUGUGUAAGCGCUGCUCCAGGUUUUACCAGGAGCCGAAAGCCAGUCUGCCCUUGUACAGAGUUCCUCAACCCAAACUGGAGGCAUCUGUCAUGACAUUCUUCCUUCUGGAGGUCAGUCCCAAUGGGAAGAGAGGUUUUCCAAAGGGCCAUGGCUCUGAUGCAGCGGUGGGUUACCCUGUUAUAAAACCGGCCUUGGGAUGGGAUAUAGGCAUUGAGCCAAUAUUGGAGGGGCCGCAUAUGGAGCAGGCUCAGAGGAAUCACAGAGGAGGCAGACGACAUGAGGCCGAGUAUCUUCUGGAAAGCCCUGAGGGGAUGUGAAGCCGCUGAAAAGUCAGGGAGCAUUUCGGCGUAAUCCAUCUGUGUUUGGGCGAUAACUGUCCCCAGAAAGUCCACGGUUUUAUUCAAGGUUCUUUUUCA